GCCAGUGGCGUUGGUCGGUAAAGCAAGCGGUCGCGGGACGAACCGCGAGUGGCCGCGAGCAGCAGAGCUCAUCGAACGACCUGUAGUGGCGGUGGCACAACGCGAGGCGGGGCUGCUUUACGCAGCGUUAAUAUAACAGAGAUACGAUGUCGUCCCCGUUGGACUAUCUCGAACUGUGCAGAUUAUGCCUGGUAAAAGAUCGCGUGCAAGUGCCCAUUUUCGAGGACGAUGGUGACGUUAAUCAAAUUUUUCUCAAAAUCCACGCUUGCCUGCCGGUCAAAGUGUCCAGGGAUGACAAACUACCUAGAAAAAUAUGCAGUGACUGUUCGUACAAACUAGAAUUAUUUUAUCAAUUUUGGAAUACAACAGCCAAUGCCGAGAAACAGCUUCUACAAUGGCUUGGCGAAGAUGACGGCCUGGAUGACAAGCAACAAGGUUAUGUAACAGAGGUCCUUGACCCAAAUGUGAUGAAGCAGGAGGGGAAUAGUGAUAGUAGAUUAGACAAUAGUGUAAUGCAAGUGAGUGGGCACCAAAAUAUGGAUAUUAACAUGAUUGAGAACAUGUCUAUUAUCACCAUGCCUGCUGGAAGUGAUCAACAAUUUACUACAGUUCCUAUGGGCACACGGGGCACUGUACAAACUGUCCAAGUCCCGGGUCCAAGCACACAGACAGCACAUGAUCAAACAGGAGUUGCACACUUGCAAGAAGUUGAAGUGGAUCAGGAGGAUGAAGAUAAUAUGGAUGAUGGAUGUGAUAACGAUGAUGGCCUACCUGUCAAAGAGGAAACUGAUGAAGGUGAUAGGUCUCUAGAACAAUCAUAUGUAUCCUUGCCCUGUGAUGAGGCUGGUCCAUCUGGUCUACAACAACAAAAAAUUUCAGAAAUGUCUGAAAUUACAAUUCAACAGACUGCUGAUGGCGAUCACAAAACUGGAUACUACGUAACUGCUGCGCAAGAGGACGAGAUGUCGACGGAACAGUCGACGAUCAAAGUCUACUCGGCUGACAGUUCGACCUCGACGACGAUUCUCAUCGCCACGACCACGACAGCAGCAGCACAUCUACGUGACGGGCAGCAGACGAAUGGCGGUGAACACCUGAUGGUUGUAUCGACGGACAGCCACAUGCUGCACUGCUGUCCGCUAUGCGACCAAGCAUUCGUUGACGAAGUAUUGUUGGGCUACCACCUCAAGGCCGUGCACCCGACUGAGCCGAAGCUCGAGUCCGUGGAGCAGGAAGAGCAGUCUCCGACUGCUUCGCUGAUGAUUUACGCCUGCGAACAGUGCGGCGUCACCUUCGCCAAAGAAGCCUCUCUACUGGAGCACCAGGUGAGCUGCUGCGGCAGCGCGAGCAUCGCGCCACAGCAGCCACCGCCGGCUCAGCAGCAGAAGAUCUACCAGUGCGAGAUAUGCGAGUACAGUACUCCGCAUCGACAAAACUUGGGUAGCCACCAGCGCCGACACAGUCAAAACUACAAGUACCAGUGUGAGCUGUGCGGCGCACGCUUUUAUGCGCGUAAUAACUACCAGGAGCACGUGCUGGCGGUACACUCGAAGGAAAAGCCCUUCCAGUGUGAUAAGUGUCCGGCGACCUUCCGCUACCGGCAGGGUCUGCGUCUGCACGCCAAGCUCCACCAGCCGGACUACGUGCCGCCACAGAAGAAGCAUGCCUGCGAUGUUUGCAACAAGCGAUUCUGCCGGCGCCAGGUACUGAUGGUGCACAUGCGAACCCACGGUAACACGGGUGCGCCGCUCAACGAGUUCGUCUGCAACAUCUGCGGCAAGGCUGUCUCCAGCAAGACCUACCUCACGGUCCACGUGCGCAAGCAUACCGGCGAGAAACCCCAUGUGUGUGACCUCUGCGGUAAGGGUUUCAUCUCGCAAAACUACCUAAGCGUACAUCGCAGAACCCACACCGGCGAGAGGCCCCACAAGUGCACUCACUGCGAGAAGUCCUUUACACAGCGAACCACCCUCGUCGUCCAUCUUAGGAGCCACACCGGUGAUAGGCCGUACCCUUGCACCUUCUGUACCAAGAGUUUUGCCUCGAAGACCAUGCUUAACUCGCACCUCAAAACCCACGCCAAGCAGAAUGCGAGGGCUCGGCAGGAUCAGGAGACUCAGCUGCACUUGCAGCAGCAGAGAAUACUGCUGUCUCCCGAGGAGGAGCAGCAGGCUUUAUUUGGGCAGCAGCAGCAACAGCACCUUCACCAUCACGAGAUCGUUAGCCAGCAGCAGGAGGUAGAGACUACCGAGGUCACUUUGCCUCCUACGUAGGACGAAUAGUGUCGAUUCCAUUUUUUCCAACCUUGAUCUUUAUAAACAAACUUGCGUUUAGAUUAAUAGUGACAACAGGUGGUUUUUCGCUCACACGCAGCUCCAGUAUUAAGUAUUUGUAGAGCUGUGCUGCUUUAUGUUAUACUAACCAUGUAUGUAGAUUCAUAUUGUAACCCAGCAAGUAUCAUUUCAUGCUUUGAUAUAAUUAUUGUACAAGUUUAGCUUCAGGUAUCUCAAUCUGACAAUAAAUAUGAAUUUCAUACGGGCAUUGCAAUCAUAAUGAAUAAGAAUUCUUGUUAACCGUCACUCGUGGUAUCGCGAGCGCCUUAUACAUAAUCUAUUAUAAAUGUAUUAAUUUUUAAUCAACAUUUCCAAAAGUUUAUCCAAAUCAAGGAUAUAAAUGUAUUAAAAAACGGCGGAAUUUAAAUUUUCAAAUGUAACUGUGAGUCAAGAUAUUUCCCAUUACGUUACUUUCAACAUAACAUGUGAAUUAAUAAAAAUUUCCGAUUCGAAAUAAAUACGAACGAAAUAAAUUUGAAAGGAAUAAAUAAAUCGAUUAGCGAACAAACCAGCAGUCAAUGAAUAAAUGCAAGUAAUAAAAAGGUAAUGAUUAUUGUGAGCUAGGUUAUAAGUUACAUGUAUAGAAUGCUAAACCGUCCAUAAAGUUCGAUUUUUUAGUGCUAGGACUAGGAGACACAAAUGCGUAGCUGUCACUUAAAUAAUUGAAUAUAUUCUGUUCUUCCUGUCAUAUUUUAUUUGCAAGAAUACUUUGCCGUUGUAACGAUGUCCUUUCCAAAUGACUUCAUAUCGCGUUCAAAUUUAUAACAGCAUGUUGUUAUUGUUAUACAAUGAAAUAAGUAGCAAUAAAAUAGGAAAAAACAACUUUGUGCCUUAGUUCCUAAGACAGGUAUUUCAUGUGUUUGUAAUACUCUAUGAGACUUGUGUGUAAAAUCAGUGUACUUGAUAAUGAUACUUAAGUUUUAAAGUGAUGAUUGUGCAGCAGAGAUUAGAAAAGAUUAGUAAAUUGUUCACUGCUUCGUGCACCUAUCGAUUGAUAUUCGGUACUGAAUGUCUUCACUUGUUAUCCAAUGAACUGCGUUUUUUCAAAUGUAAAUUACAAAGUUAAAAAUGUCAAGCACUGCCUUAUCGUGCUGCAGGAUUUGAUGAAACAGAUUUAUGUAUACAAAAAAGUAUUAACUAUGUGUGUGUUUGGUGUAUAUAUAUGUGUGUAUAAAUAUAAAUAUAAAUAUAUAUAUAUAUAUAUAUAUAUAUAUAUAUCAUACCGCAAGUCACAGUAGACUGACUUGAGUAGUAAUGAUACUAGUGCUAUUUUAUAAAGAAUAUAAAAAUUAAGGCAGAUUAGGUGGGAAAGAGUUAUUGCACUAAUUUUAUAUGAAAGUUUUUAACUGGUAAGCCACUGUUUGUGAUUAAUCGUGUGUAAGUGCACUGUCCAAGCACUGAAAUACAUGCUAUGUACAUUGUCUAUUUUUAAAGAUAUAAAUAUAUAAAUUAAUUUACACUUGUGGUACAUUUUCACAUAAACUUGUUUUUUAUAGAUACUUUUUUACAAAUAUUGCAAUGCGCGCGUAUGAGGAAAGCUGCUUAAGAGAAAAAGAAGCAGCGUAGUUUUAUUUCUAUUUUCUUUUCUUAUUAUAGAAUUUGAAAUUUUAUCAUUUAGACGAUCUAUAUAUUGUAGCUGUGCUUUUGUCACAUUUUUUUAUCGA